AUGGAUCAAAAAAAGCUUGUUGUCAGGGAAGCAUCAGCAAUGAUCAGGGGGUUUGUUUGGGGAAUACCCAGUUCCAUCGAUGAUGAUAACAGCCCACACCAAUUCACAGACGGUGAACCUGCCUGUGCUAUAGAGCUGUUGAUGUUAUUUUUUAACAACAUGUCUGUUGAGUUUAAAGCACGAAUCGGAGGGUUUAAAGACAACGUGAGCCGCAUUCAUCUUUGCUCUGAAAAUCACGAACAUAAUUACAUCAGUGAUACACGUUUUGUAGAUCUUCUGGACAUUGAUGACUUGAUGCGAGACUUUUUAUUAGAUACGCAAGAGUGUAGCUCGGAGGAGGAGCAAGAAAAAGAAUUUUGUUCCGUUCUUUUACAUCAUUUAGUUGUCAGGGAGAAGAAAUUCCCCUGCACAUACGAAACUGAUUGUAAAGGAAUGGUAACCGCAACAAACGAGAUAAUUGACUCUCAUACACCUCCUUUUCUUUUCAUCACCGAUCCCACCAAUUUUGUGAGACGCCAUGAAUCAUUUUCAAGCAACAGCGAAAACGCCAACAUUAACCACUCCAACAUAUAUUUUCCAGAAAAUAUAUCAUUAACCAAAAACUCUCAAUACCAAUUACACGGAAGAGUUUACUCUACCUCUUCAACAGGAGAGCAUUUCUUUACAGUCUGUUACAAAAUUAUCGAUGCCGUUACUGAUUUAUAUCUCAAAUCCAUCAAUUCCCAGUCUCUGGAAAUGUUAAUUCGAUCUACGUAG